CAGUCACCUUCCUGACACCAGCGUGUGUGUUGGACAUUCUCUCUGCACAAUGAAAUACACUGUGUUGAUCGUGGCUCUGGCAGUGCUGGUUGCUACUGCCAUGGCUGCUCCUGGUGGCAUCGGCUAUGGUGGUGGAUAUGGCGGUUUUGGCGGUGGACUGGGAGGCUUCGGCGGCUUUGGCGGUGGCUAUGGCGGCUACGGCGGUGGAUAUGGCGGCUACGGUGGUAGAUAUGGCGGCUAUGGCGGUGGUUUCGGAGGCGGAAGAGCGACCAUCAACUUCAACCUAGGUCAUGGUGGUGGAUAUGGUGAUGGAUAUGGUGGUGGCUACGGAGGACGUGGCUUCGGCUUGGGAUUUGGACAUGGUGGAUUCGGCGGAGCCUAUGGCGGCUAUGGCAGCUAUGGCAGCUACGGAAAAUAACUGCUACUGAUUUCUAACAAUAUAGAAAACUGACGUAACUAAUCCUACCAUAAAUUUCUGUGUACAUUU